AUGUCCAACCCGGAGGACUACACCGUUGGCUGGAUUUGUGGCACCUCAGCGGAAUAUACUGCCGGUCUGGUAUUCCUCGAUGAAAUUCACGAUCCGCCCCAGUGCCUGCCUCCCCACGAUAAAAACGACUACACACUGGGAAAAAUCAAACAUCACAAUGUGGUAAUUACUUGUUGCCCAUUUGGAGAAAAUGGAACAUCUUCAGCAGCAACAGUCGCAGAGGGGUUGGUGCAUAGCUUCCCAAAUGUGCGAAUCGGCUUGCUGGUUGACCAACCGCCUAGUCUCCUUCGCUCAGCCGCUCAUGGACUAAAGGUUGACUAUGAAAUCAAUGGCCAUCAACUCAGCCAUAGAGUGCAGGAGGUUCUGGAAAAGAAACCAAGACUACGGAAGAAAUAUGAGCGACCGGACCCCGCAAGUGAUCGGUUAUACCACAGCCAUAUAAUUCAUCCAUCGCAAGACAGUGUAACCGAAUGUGCUUCAGUCUGUGGUAGUGGGCCGUCACAUUUAGUCCAGCGAAAACCGCGACCCGAAGAGACUGAUAGCCCGACAAUACACUACGGGCUAAUUGCAUCUGCAAACACACUUAUGGCUAAUGCUCUGACCCGAGAUAUAUUCGCAGCCGAGAAGGAUGUUCUUUGCUUUGAAAUGGAGGCUGCUGGGCUCAUGAACAAUUUCCCCUGCCUAGUAAUUCGUGGGGUGUGCGAUUAUGCCGAUUCUCACAGGAAUGAGGAUUGGCAAGGUUAUGCAGCAAUGGUCGCUGCAGCGUAUACAAAGGAACUUUUAUCUCGAAUCGUUCCUCGAUCGCUACACGAAGAGAAGAAGGUUUCUGAGAUUCUUUACGCUGUGAAGAACACGCAGGAGACAACUCGGAAUAUUCAGUCCUCUGUCAAGGAGAUACGACAGCUCGAAGAUGAUCAAGAAAGCCAAAGACUACUUGACUGGCUUAGCCCUGCUAGACCUUAUGUUUCUCAACAUACCGAUGGAACUGGAAGUUGGUUUCUGGGAUCAAGUCAGUUCCAACAGUGGUCCAGAGAAAGGAAUCAGACUCUAUUCUGUCAAGGUAUACCAGGAGCGGGUAAGACAACCAUGACAACGAUUGUUAUUCAUCACCUCUACGAAAAGUUUAGGGAAAACCUUUCUGUCAGCAUUGCUUAUCUAUUUUGUAACGCUGGCAAACAGGAUGACAGACAGCUUGAGAAUAUUUUUGGGAAUAUUCUAAGGCAGAUAAUCCAGUAUCAGCCAUCUCAACUUCUUCGAUUGAAGAAGCUUCACAAUCAUCAUCGGCUCAGACAGAGUCGUCCAUCUUUAAACGAGAUUUUUGAUAUUAUAUAUCAUAUCUUGAACUCGAAUGAGCGAAAUUUCAUCCUGGUCGACGCCUUAGAUGAAUUUCGACAUCCUCCUGGAGAGCGUGAGGCAUUCUUGCAAAAGUUAUUUGAGCUUCAGAGUCGGACAGGAACCAAUGUUUUCCUGACUUCCCGUUACAGCAGAGACAUUGAGUCUAGCUUCGAGGAUAGCCUAAGGCUUGAGAUCCGUGCCAGUAAGACGGAUUUGGAGAAGUUUCUUGAUGAGAAGUUGCGGACAUUUCCAGAAUGGAUCACCGGACAUGCAUCUCUCCAGGCUGAGAUUAAGAGUACGAUUAUCCGUGUCAAUGAUGGAAUGUUUCUCCUCGCAAAACUCUGGAUUGAUCUUCUUAUAAACAAAACCAGCCUUAGGGAAAUAAGGCAGGGUCUUGCGGAAUUGGAGAUCUUACAUAAAAUACCAACCUCUGACAGACAAUUGAGUUUGUUGGGUUCUGCCUAUAAGAAAACAAUGCAGCAAAUUCAAGACCAGGCACCAGAAGGGCGACAGCUUGCCAUGAGAGCUUUAUCAUGGAUCACAUGCUCCAGACGAGAUCUCAAACCAUCGGAGCUUCAACACGCUUUAGCCAUCGAAGGUAACGAGUGCCACCUAGACGAAGAAAAUGUUCGAAAUACCCUGACCAUAGUGCGGGUUUGUGCUGGCCUCUUGGUCAUUGACGAAGAAAGUGAUGUCGUCCGCUUAUCCCAUUAUACAACUCGGGAAUAUCUUGAGCAAACCUGGCAGCACUGGUUCCCGCAUGCGCAUAUUCAAAUCACUGAAGCAUGUAUCACGUAUCUUUCUUAUGAGGAGCAUGCCGAUGGCUCUAGCUUGACAUAUCAUCGAUUCGCCUCCAAGCUAAGAUCAUACCCGCUUUAUUGCUAUGCUGCAGAGUUUUGGGCUUAUCACACACAGCUUGCCUCGAUGGAGGAGACAGGGCUGGUUCUCAGUUUUCUUCGGGACCAAAAUAAGGUGUCCGCCUGUUCUCAGGCUAUCUUGUUUCAGGGAUGUCACGAAUACGAGUUCAUGGAAUUGCAGGACUUUUCUCAAGCCAAAAUGACAGGAAUUCACUUUUCGGCAUGCUUUGGACUUACCGUGGCUUUGUCCUUACUUCUCAAAUCUGCGUUUCAAAUCAACUCGAAGGACUUUUUAGGUCAGACCCCACUAUUGAGUGCGGCCAAACAAGGCCAUGAUCAAGUGGUAGAGCUUUUACUGAAACAAGAAGAUAUUGACGUUGAGGCCAGAGACAUCUAUGGCCGCACUCCGCUGCUAUGGGCAGCUAAAUACGGCUAUUUGCAGACUGUUAAUCUGCUUUUGGACCACAAACCUGCUUUUGACGUCCGAGACGAGCAUCGAUAUAACUCAACAUUUCGACCUGAAGAAGUGGUGAAGAAACUCCUCGACAAGGGAGCCAAAUUCUCAGACGAUGGGCUCGGAUCAACACCACUGCUGUUGGCUGCUUCCAGCGGUCAUGAGAGGGUGGUUAGCACGCUACUUGAUAGAGGCGCUGAUUUAAACACGAGGGAUUUGUUUGGUAACAGCGCCCUUUUCUUAGCGGCUCAAAAGGGCCACGAGGAAUUGGUCAAGUUCCUCCUCGAAAAAGGGAUAGACAUUGAGGCAAAAAAUCAGUACGGCAGAACUGCUCUUUUCGCUGCGACUCUUGGUGGUGAAGGUGAGGUUUUAGAGGAGACCACUAACCAGAAGACCACUAUAUCACUUCGCAUACCUGGUUAUGCAAAAGUGGUGAAAGUUCUUCUAGAUUUUGGAGCAAAUGCCGACACCAAAGAUCAUAAUGAUCUGACUGCGCUCAACUAUGGAAUAUAUCACAACAAUAAUAAGAUCGUGCGACUUAUACUUGCAAGAUGUUUUGACACGGAGUCAAAAGGGCGCGCACUCCUGUAUGCGAUUGAAAAAGGACUUCGUCCAGAUAUUGCCUUGUUCCUCGACGAAGGGGCCCAGCUUGAGAGCAAGGAUUUCAGUGGACGGACUGCACUGUUAACGGCAGUUGCAGAAAGACGUGAAGACAUAGUCCGGCUUCUUCUUGAUCGGGGAGCUGAAAUCGAGGCCACGGAUUCUUCUGGUCGAACUGCACUGCUGAUUGCUGUUAAGGAAGGUCUUGAAGAUAUAGUCAAGCUUCUACUUGGUCGUGGGGCUGAAAUUGAGGUCAGAGACUCCUCUGGUCGAACUGCACUGUCAUAUUCUGUUGAAGGAAAUUGCGAAGGAAUUGCCGGGCUUCUCCUUGAACAAGGGGCUGAUACAGAGGCAAAAGACUGCUCUGAAAGGACAGCGCUGUUUUAUGCUUUUCCUGACGGCCGUUUGGGUGUAGGUAUGCGCUCUCACUGGGCUGACUACUCCGACGCCUCAAUUUAUGGUGAUACUACUGCGCCGAUGUAUGGAAUGAAGAAGCAUCAUGACGAUAUCAUUCUACUUCUCCUUCACCACAAGGCUGAUAUCGAAGCUAAAGACUCUUUUGGCCGGACUGUCAUUUUCUAUGCUGCAGUAACCAGCCAUAAGAAGACUGCUAUGCUCCUUGACCAAGGAGCUAGUCUCAAGGCUAAAGAUAAUUCUGGCAGGACCGCCCUGUUACACGCCCUUAACUAUCAUUAUAGAUAUCAGGGAGUGACAGGGGGGUUUGCCCCGCGUCGCCUUAGUGCCAGAAAUUCUUCUGUCAGUGGUACUUCUUCAUCUAGCCUUGAUGAAGAUUCUGAAAAUGAAGAUGAGGAUGAGGAUGAGAACUAUGUCAUGUUCCUUCUUAAUCGGGGAGCUGAACUUGAAGCCAAAGAUGCUUUUGACCAGACUGCACUUAUCUAUGCGGUGAAGCAUGAUCAUGUGGCUGGUGUCGGUUACCUGCUCAAACGAGGUGCUGAUGUCGAAACCCAAGAUUCUUCUGGUAUGACUCCGCUGUUACAUGCUGUAGAAAUGGCCAAUGAAAAGAUGGUUAAAUCACUCUUAUCUCGAGGCGCUGGCACAGAGACCAAAGACAAGAGUGGGAUAUCUCCUCUCUUAUCAGCUGCGAAAAGUGGUAAUUUGCGAAUCGCAAAUUUACUGCUUGCUGGUGGGGCUGAAAUGGAGGCGACUGACAAGCAAGGUUGGACCCCACUGCACUGGGCAACCAAGCAAAGCCAUAAGGAGUUGGUAAAGCUUUUACUGGAGAGCGGCGCAACCAAACACGUCCUCCAUGGGCGGCUCAAGGGCGUUCUUAGAAAGAGACCGAUUUGA